AUGGAAUAUAACGGAGGCUCGGUCGUUGCCAUGAUAGGCAAGGACUGUGUAGCAAUCGCCUCGGACCUCAGAUUAGGACAACAGUCUGUCGGCGUGGCGAUGAACUUUGAGAAGGUGUUCCCCGUCAACGACAAGCUGUACUAUGGACUUCCAGGUCUGGCGACUGAUGUCUACACUCUGCGGGAACAGCUGCGAUUCCGAGUCAACAUGUACCGCAUGAAGGAGGAACGCGAGAUCACGCCAAAGACCUUCACCCACCUCCUUUCCAGCACAUUAUACGAGAAGAGAUUCGGCCCAUAUUUCCUUGAGCCGGUCGUUGCUGGCCUGACCACCCCCACUGAGCUUGAACCCAAGCCCAAGCCUUUCAUCUCGACAAUGGACACUAUUGGAUGUAUCACUACACCAAAAGACUUUGCGGUGGCAGGGACUGCUCAGGACAAGCUGUACGGUAUGGCGGAAGGGUUGUGGGAGCCGGACCUUGAACCGGAGGAUCUCUUCGAGACGAUUUCGCAAACUCUCCUGAACGCCGUGGAUCGAGACGCUCUGAGUGGUUGGGGAGCCAUCGUGCAUGUCAUAACGCACGACAAGGUCAUCACGCGUCAGCUCCGGUCCCGGAUGGAUUGA